UCAUCUUUAAAUUUUUAUUUUAAAGUUUAUUUGUAUAUUUAUUUUGUAUUCUGUCGUAAAACUUGCCUGCAAUUUUUUCCUACUAAUAAUGUCACCACGAGUGGUUUUGUUAUUUAGUGGUAAAAGAAAGUCCGGAAAGGACUAUUUAACCGAUCAUUUACAACAGUUGUUAAAAGAUAAAUGUGAAAUUAUAAAAAUAUCAGCACCCAUUAAACAUUACUGGGCCAAACAAAACAAUUUGAAUUUUAAUGAACUAUUGAGCAAUAGUGACUACAAAGAGCUACACAGAUUGGAGAUGAUAAGAUGGAGUGAUAGCAUAAGAGAGAAAGACUAUGGUUAUUUUUGUAGACAAGCUUGCAAGGACGCUAAAGAAAAACCAAUAUGGAUAGUCAGUGAUAUAAGACGUAAAACAGAUAUUCGUUGGUUCAAAGACACAUAUAAAGACUUAGUUAGGACUAUUCAUAUUGAAGCUGAUGAGGAGACUAGAAAAUCUAGAGGAUUCCACUAUAAAGAUGGUGUGGAUAAUGUUGCUUCCGAAUGUGACUUGGAUGACUUUCAUGACUGGGAUUUGGUAAUAAAUAAUGGUGAAGGAGGACUGAAAUUACAGGAUCAAAUGGAUUCUAUAUUGGCAUUAUGUAAAAAUUUAUUAUAAUCCAUUCAAACAGUUCAAUUACUGUGCCCAAUAAAAUUGUGAUAGCAAAUUAUAAAUAAGCUUAUAGUAUGUAAACUUACAUUAUAAUAAUGUAUGUGUUAAGUAAAAUUAGUUUUGAUAUAGAUGGGAAGAUACAAUUUUGACCUACCAGGAGAAUAAAUUAAUUCUCCUGGUAAUAUUAAUAAAUAAAGUGUUUUUAAUUAGAUUUUUUAUGACUUGUCUCUUU